AUGUCUGUGCGCCCUGCUUUUUACAUGGUCUCCAUCACCACCACUCCUUAUUUCACACAGAUGCCCGCUCUGGACAACAAGGGCCUGGAGCUGGACUCUGUGAGCGUGCCCAUAGAUGACCCACACAUGUGUAACGGUAAUGGGAUGAUCCAGCAACAGGACACCGGCUGCUUGUCCCACCUGAAGAAAGUCAACAACCAACUGAAUGAGGCGCAGUAUUUCACCCACCUGCCCAAGCGCUCAGCUGUGGACCUGGAGUUCAAAGACCUGUCAUACACCAUUCAGGAGGGGCCCUGCUGGAGGAGGAAAGGUUUUAAAGCCUUGCUCAAAUGUCUGUCUGGGAAAUUCUGCAGCCGGGAGCUCAUAGGAAUUAUGGGCCCCUCAGGCGCUGGCAAGUCCACGUUAAUGAACAUACUGGCUGGGUACAGACAAACUGGGAUGAAGGGUCAGAUUCUGGUGAACGGUAAACCACGAAACCUGAGGACGUUUAGAAAAAUGUCCUGUUACAUAAUGCAGGAAGACAUGCUGCUCCCACACUUCACCGCGCGAGAGGCCAUGAUGGUUUCAGCCAACUUGAAACUAAAUGAAAGCAUGGAUGUUAAGAAAAAACUGGUGGGGGAGAUCCUGACCUCCCUGGGGCUCCUGGACUGUGCCCAAACCCGGACCAGCGCUCUGUCCGGGGGCCAGUGCAAGAGGCUGGCCAUCGCUCUGGAGCUGGUCAACAACCCCCCAGUCAUGUUCUUCGACGAGCCCACCAGCGGUUUGGACAGUGUCUCCUGUUACCAGGUGGUGUCGCUAAUGCGCUCUUUGGCUCAGGGCGGACGCACCAUCAUCUGCACCAUCCACCAGCCCAGUGCCAAACUGUUUGAGAUGUUUGACAAGCUCUAUAUCCUCAGCCAGGGCCAAUGUAUUUACAAAGGUUCGGUGCCGUACCUCAUCCCGUACCUGAAGACUGUCGGCCUGCACUGUCCCACCUACCACAACCCAGCCGACUUCAUUAUAGAAGUAGCCUCUGGGGAGUAUGGAGACAUUAACCCAGUGCUGUUUGAAGCAGUUCAGAGUGGUCUUUGCGCUUUGGAUGAGAAGAAAAUCUUUGACGAAAGCAAUGGACACCCAAUCUGUGCCACAGCCAAUCACAAGGUGCCUGAUCACAUUGAGAGACAUACCUUUGCAACAAGCACUUUAACACAGUUCUGUAUAUUGUUCAAAAGGACGUUAGUAACUAUCUGUCGAGAUCAGGUUUUGACCCACCUCAGGGUCAUGUCACACAUCUUGAUCGGUGUAUUAAUAGGUUUAUUGUAUCUCCAAAUUGGAAAUGAUGCGAGCAAAGUCAUCAACAACACUGGAUUCCUCUUCUUCUCGAUGCUCUUCCUCAUGUUUGGAGCUCUCAUGCCCACUGUCUUAACAUUCCCACUGGAGAUGUCUGUGUUCCUAAGAGAGCAUCUAAACUACUGGUACAGUCUGAAGGCAUACUAUCUGGCAAAAACCAUGGCGGAUAUACCCUUUCAAGUUCUGUGUCCGAUCUUGUACUGUAGUAUUGUUUACUGGAUGACCGAACAACCUCCUGAAGCGGCUCGUUACUUUCUCUUCAUCGCUCUGUCCAUCUCAACCGCGCUGGUGGCACAGUCUCUGGGGCUGCUGGUGGGUGCGGCAGCCACCUCUUUACAGGUUGCCACGUUUGUUGGACCAGUCACUGCCAUUCCAGUACUGCUCUUCUCCGGCUUCUUUGUGAACUUUGAUACGAUCCCCAAGUACCUGCAGUGGAGCUCCUACAUAUCUUAUGUCAGGUACGGCUUUGAGGGAGUAAUCCUGUCCAUCUACGGCAUGAACCGCACAGAGCUGGAGUGUACGGGGAAAGUGUGUCAGUUCCAGCAGCCCGAGGAAGUGCUGCAGCUGCUGGACGUAAAGGACGCAAAACUCUACAUGGACUUCAUUGUACUGGGCAUCUUCUUCCUGAUCCUGCGUCUGGCCACGUACCUCGUCCUGCGCUACAAGAUCAAGGCUGAGAGAUAG